AUGUGCAGGCAGUUGGCUGUUAUCGGCGCGGGUUUGAUGGGUGCAGGCAUAGCGAACGUGACCAUCGAUAAGGGUAUUCGAACCAUACUGGUCGAUAAAAAUGAAAUGGGUAUUACACGGGGUCUAGCACAAAUAUACGCGCAUCAGAACGGAGCGGUGAAACGCAAAAAGAUACUGGCAAUGGAACGUGACAAUUACAUGUCGAAUCUGAAGACAUCGUUCAAUUACGAAGACUUACGUGAAUGCGAUGUGGUGAUCGAGGCGGUUUUCGAGGAGCUUGAACUGAAGCGAAACAUCGUUAAACAGUUAGAACGAGUUGUUCCACCGCAUUGUGUGAUCGCCUCGAAUACGAGUGCGUUGCCGAUCUCAGAGAUAGCUGCAGUAUCGAAACGACCCGAGAACAUCAUCGGAAUGCACUAUUUUUCACCGGUUGAGAAAAUGCAACUCUUGGAAAUCAUCACAACCGAUAAAACGAGUAAAGAGACGUUGGCUGUAGCUGCGCAAUUGGGUUUAGCACAGAAAAAAGCAGUUGUUGUUGUGAAGGAUUUUUCGUGGUUCGGUGUUUGGCACCAAUGA